GUGGGGAGCCCGAAAGCAUUGAAGCAACUCUUUUGUUGUUCGACAAUAAUAUCUCUAUGGUUCAAUUAUAGCGUAAUUUUAAUUGAAAAUGGCUCUAUCUUGUGCAAGCAGAAAGAAGUCUUCUCUCUGGUGCAAUCGGACUGAGAAGAGAGUUCCUUAGGGCGAGUUUCACCACAUAGCAGACUGCUAUUGUGUACCAACUUAAAAUUUCAAAAAUGAAAGAAAUUACCAUUUGUGCCAUCUGGCGAGUUCUGGUGAAGUAACUUAUGUUCUUGGAAAGAAAUUUCAAUAUGGUUGACCGGCAAAAGUGAUUGUAAACAAGAAUAAGACUGAAUAGGAGAAUGAAUAAUCUUUUGCUACUGAUUCUUUUUGACGACGAUGAUGAUGAUGAUAUUGUCAGAAGGUCUCGGAUAAUUCGUCCUCGAAUGAAUUGGUUCGAUACUUUUGAUGACGAAGAUUUUGUACAAAGAUUUCGCCUAACCAAAGCAAUGACAAGGGUAGUUUUUGAGCAAAUAGAGGCAAGAAUAACUCCUGACUCACCACUCAAUAAUGCGAUUCCACCAAUGAUCCAGAUGCUUGUAGCUAUGAGAUUUCUAGCUACUGGAUCAUUUUACAUCACAAUAGGAGAUUUUACUGGUAUUAGCAAAACUAGCGUUUGGCGAAUCGUGCAUAGAGUAUCAGAAGCAAUUGCUGGAUUGAGGGAACGUUACAUCUAUAUACCGCCUUCUCAUCAAGAAAUUAGAGCUAUUCAUAGUCAAAAUUUUAGUCAAGCCGCCUUUCCUCGUGUCCUGGGUGCUAUCGAUUGCGUCCAUGUUCGGGUUUGUUCGUAUGGUGGAGAGUAUGCAGAGUUAUUCCGGAAUAGGAAAUCGUUUUUUUCAAUCAACACUCAAGUCAUUGUCAAUUCGAGAUUGGAGAUUAUAGAUAUUGUGUCACGUUGGCCUGGAUCGGCACACGAUGCUACCAUAUUUGACAAUUCUAGAAUAAAAAGACGAUUCGAAAACGGUGAAUUCUAUAACUCAUUGCUUGUAGGUGAUUCUGCAUAUUCUCAAGUGCCAUUUAUUAUGACACCAUUGCACAAUCCUAUGACUCCAGCUGAAGUCCUUUAUAAUGAGUCACAAAUUCGAACACGAACGAUGGUUGAGAGAUGUUUUGGUGUUUGGGGACGAAUGUUCGCCGUUUUAACUAUAGGUUCCAGGUUUUUUAAAUCAGAGUUGAGUAUGCAUGCAAUAAUUGCAUCCGCUGUGUUAUAUAAUGUGACAAGAAGAGCAAUUCCUCAAUCGCUAAUAAAUCAAAGAGCUUAUGAUCAAAUUCCUGAAACUCAUCAGCAACUUAUACAAAAUCAGCAGAGACAUAUAAUAAAUAAUUAUUUUCAUAAUUUACUUUGAAUGGGUAUCUUUGAUAUGCUUUGAUUGUCUACAUUACAUCUACUAUACAUCUAUUUAGAUUAUUAUCUGUAAAAAGAUUUAAUAAAAUAAUAACAUGAUAAUGCAAUAAUAAGAAUGUCGUUUACAAAGGUUUAUAGAUGUUUAUUUAUUUUUAACUGUGAUAAUAAAGUUAUACAGUGUA